AUGGCCAAUCCUCUUCAACGCCCAUUCCAACUUGCGGACGAGUCUCUCUUUCAAUGUACAUCUCUGAUCAAUGGGGACUUUGUAUCCGCCAAAGAAGGUAGAACCUUCAACAUUGUUGAUCCAGGAUCCGGAAAACCGUGGGCGUCUUGUCCAGACUGCACGGCUUCAGAUGUUGAUUCCGCUGUGGCAUCCUCAUAUGAAACCUUCAAGACUUACUCAAAGACAACACCACGCUUCAGAGCACAGGCUCUUAUGAAAUGGCAUAACCUUAUCCUUGCCGCGCGCGAGGAUCUAGCACGCAUUCUUGUCCACGAGACAGGAAAGACACUUGUGGAAGCACGAGGCGAAAUUGACUAUGCCCUUACCUUUGUUUGGUGGUUCUCUGGAGAGGCUGAUCGGGCGCAUGGUACUUCACUUACCUGUGCUAUUCCCGGUCGGCGAGCGAUGACCAUUAAACAACCUAUUGGUGUUGCAGCCGCCCUUGUCCCAUGGAAUUUCCCAAUCGCACUCGCACUACGCAAGGCUGCUGCUGCUUUGGCUGCAGGAUGCACCAUGGUCAUCAAACCAUCGCCUGAGACUCCUUUGACAUCCGUUUCAGUUGCACACCUCGCUUUGAAGGCCGGGUUCCCUCCAGGAGUACUAAACGUGGUGACGACGUCACUGGAGAACACACCAACCGUGGCCGAAGCUCUAUGCUUGGAUACGCGGGUCAAGAAGCUCAUGCCUCUCAAAUGGCGACACGCUGGACAGGCAUGUAUCACCUCAAACAGAGUUUUCGUGCAAAACAACAUCUACGACACUUUUGUCGAAAAGGUUGUACAAGAAACGCGUAAAUUGAAACUGGGACACGGCAUGGAGGAGGGUAGCACAAUGGGCGCGUUGACGACUCUGCGGGGCCUCGACAAGGCUGAAGAACUGUAUCAGGACGCCAUUAGCAAGGGCGCAAAGACGGUCCUCGGUACUGGAAGACGUGAAGAAGGAGACGGUUACUUCAUGGCGCCCACGAUAUUGACUGAAAUGGAAGACAACAUGCUCAUGACUCAUGAAGAAAUCUUCGCGCCUGUACUCGGAUUCUACCGCUUUGAAAGCGAAGAUGAAGUGGUGCAGAGAGCAAACGACACGCCUCUAGGGUUGGCAAGUUACGUGUUCACAAAGAAUGUCGACAGACUAUGGCGGUUGUUUGAAAACCUGGACGCGGGAAUGAUUGGUCUGAACGCGGGUAACAGCUCGUCUGCUGAAGCGCCGUUUGGUGGUAUUAAAGAUAGCGGGCAUGGAAAGGAAAGUGGAAAGGAUGUCGCAAUUGAUGAGUUCUUGAUUAGCAAGACUGCUACCUUGACAAUUGAUGGAUAUUAUUAA